ACUCUCUGGAACAACUCUAACAUCGGAUUCAAUACCAUCCAUGAAUUUUCUACGACCAUUCCGACGUCUAUCUACUCAAAACCAAUCCAUUCAGCAAAGACAAAUACGCAAAAUGCAUAUCAAGACCAUUCCCAUGUGGACCGGUAAGAGUAAUAAUUAUGCUUACCUGGUCACUGAUGAGCCCACCAAGCAAUCCGUCAUUAUUGAUCCGGCACACCCAGAAGAAGUGAUUCCAGUUCUUAAGUCUGAAGAGGCCGCUGGAAAUGCCAAGGUGACUGCAAUCGUGAAUACGCAUCACCAUUGGGACCAUGCCGGUGGUAAUGAUGGAAUCCUUAAGGAAUUCCCUCACCUGAAAGUCAUUGGCGGUAGCCAGUGUCAAUCAGUCACAAAAACGCCGACGCACGGCGAAACAUGGAAGAUUGGAGAGCGGAUUAGUGUGAAGGCUCUUCAUACUCCGUGCCAUACUCAGGAUAGUAUUUGCUAUUUCCUGGAAGAUGGGGAUCAGCGUGCUGUUUUUACGGGUGAUACUAUGUUCACUGGAGGAUGUGGCCGUUUCUUCGAAGGGGAUGCUGCUCAGAUGCACAAGGCUCUUAAUGAGACGCUUGCGGCUUUACCUGAUGAUACCAAGGUUUAUAGCGGUCACGAGUAUACCAAGUCCAAUGUAAAGUUUCUCCUUGCUGUGUCCCAGUCUGAUGCGAUCAAGAAACUGCAAGCCUUUGCAGAGAGUAAUCAGCAGACUCAAGGCGUUCUCACUAUUGGUGACGAAAAGGCUCACAAUGUCUUUAUGAGGCUCAAUGAUCCCGAUGUUCUGAAAGCAACCGGCAUGAAAGAUCCCGUGGAUGUCAUGGCAGCUCUGAGAGAGAUGAAGAAUGCUAUGUGAUAGAUUAGAUGUUUACUUGGAAUAGCCAUCCAUCACUGUGACGUCAAUUAGCUACCCCAAAUAAACCAAACUUAAUAAC